ACGUAACUGUGAUUAAUUUUAAUUGUUUUCCUAGGUGAGAUCGCAUGAAACGUUAACAGUAGCCUUGGAGUCUUUGUCGCAUUUGCGGGCCGCAAAAGUUUCCGCGACUUACUCGGCGAGUCACAUUUCUACGGUGGCAGGGAGGGCACGUAUAAAACACAAAUUUUCAUCGGCGAGCCGGUUAUACCACGACUCGGUGUCAUGGCAUUCACAACGAUGAAGCUGCUGGUGUCGGGUCUUUUCAUUGGAGCAAUUGGCUUGACAUUGGCGGACGUGAAAUCCGUUUUCGAGUCUGCCAAAAUUGUGGCCGACAUUUUGGAGGAAGCGCCGACCGAAUUGAUCGAGGUAAAAUAUGGAAACGAAAGCGUCAAUUUGGGAAACGAAUUGACGCCGACCGUGACGAAAGACAUUCCCGAGGUCCACUACAAGCACGAAGGCGGUGUCCUGUACACCCUGGUCCUGACAGAUCCCGACGUCCCCGUUCGAGGAUACAACCGCGAGUGGCAGCAUUGGGUCGUAGGGAACAUCCCCGAGGACAAAGUGCCAAAAGGUGAAGUCCUGACCGAGUACGUGGGUCCAGCACCUCCCAAGGACACCGGUAUUCAUCGUUACGUGUUCCUUCUCUACAAACAAAACCAAGGUUCCAUUACCUUCGACGAGAGGAGACUGGGAAACAGAGACAACAGGAGGAACCGAUUUUCCGUGAAGAAGUUCGCGAAGAAGUACAACCUCGAGGGGCCUAUCGCAGGGAACUUCAUGAAGGUUCAAUACAACGAUUACGUACCUACGAUUCACAAGCAAUUGGGCUUCCGUUAAACAAGGCAUUAAAAAAUUAUCACGCGUGAGGUCGGAAAGACGAGGAGGAUUUAUUAUUUAACGGCCGAAGAACGAAGAGGAAUAAAAAUGAAGUUGCAGUCGAA